GAGGAAGAGGAGGAAGUGGACAGACAGAUAGAGGCCUUACCCCGGCUGAUCCAGCAGAGGGACCAGCUGACGGAGGAGCUGGAGAGGAUGAGAGAGGAGAAACAUCAAGCCAGAGAACUCCUCCAGCGAGCGAGGGAGGAGAGGAGCGAGGCCAAGGAGGAGGAGGAGAGGCUGAGGGAGGAGAGAGACAAAGCCAGGGAGGAGAGCCGGAGGGCAAAGGAGGACAAGGCUCGACUGGAGAGCAAGGUGGCGCUGCUGCAGGAGAGAUGCGACCGCCUCAGUCGCAGAGUCGGUGAGCUGGAACACAGCGAAGGAGUGAGCGCCUCCUCCAGACUGGAACCUAAACAGGACAAGAACAAGGCAGAGAAAGCCGAGGUGACGGCGCCCUCCAGUGACAGGAGAGACUCAUCGCUGCAUGUGGAAGACCUGGACGACUCGCCGCACUCCCCUGUACCUGACAGCCACGGCAGCAUGGACGAGUUCAGAUGCUACAUCUCCUCACAUGGAGCAUCCAUCCACAAAACCAAACUCUUCCUGGAGAGGGAGAGCAGCCGGCUGAUGGAGAGACAGGCAGUUCUGCGGGCGGCCCAGACCAGCUCCUCCCAGGACCCCGACCAGGAUGGAGGGGUGACUGAGGAGGUGAUAAGAACCCUCCAGCAGGAGUCCAGACACGUGGUGGAGCUGCAGCGGACGGUUCAGAGAGGAAACACUCUCCUGCGGAGGAAAGAGGAGCAACUGGAGCAGCUCGAGAGCUCGAUGGCCGAAGAGCCGUUCAUUGAGGAUCUGUCUCGGCUGGCAGGAGAGAGGAAGGUGACUUUUGAUGUGACUGAAUCUGACCUCAGCAGCACUCUGGACCCGCCAGAUAGGACAGGUCAUCCCACCGUCCCGGACAAAGUCCAGGAGUUAGCGGAGUCCCUGCAGCAGAUCUCAGGCCAGCUCCACACCGUCCUGAGUGUGUUGGGUUCACUGGCGCCGAGGCAGAGCGCCACCUUUCCUCCGCCUCAACAUCACUCCUCCGCCUCUGCCUCCGUCCUGCACCAGAUGCACACCCUGAGCUCCAGCUCCUCAGCUCCGCCUCCGCGGCUCUCGGAGCCGUCCUCGAACUGGGCGCCCCAAGGCAGCUCCACGGCCACCCCGUUCUUCAGCACCCCCAUCAGCAGUGGGCUGAGGGCCUCCGAGGACCUCCUCAACAGCCGAUGGCACCAGAUAUUCCCUGGAGCAGCCAUGGACCCCAUCGCCUCCAACACCAUGGGGUCUACCUCUGCUUACUCAUCAUACACUCCUGCUAGUGAACACAGUCGCAGCCUGUGGUCCGUGCAGAAGUCAGCGGAGGUGGACAGCCAGAGGCUGCAGGGGCUGAUUGACGGCAACAAGAGGUGGCUGGAGAUGCGCAAGAAGGACACCAGCAUACCUCUGUUCACUCGCUAUCGCGCUCCUCCGACCAAGAGCAGCCUGGUCCAGCUGGGCCUGGAUGACAACAACCAGAUCAGAGUCUAUCAUUACUGAGGACGCGACGCACGGUUCAGUCCUUUCGCACUGUGACUGGAGCCGAGGACUUUGGAGCGUUAACGGCCGGGGCGGCGAGUCAGCCGUUUGUAAAAAAUGGAGCCAAUACACUUUUAUUUUACAUGAAUUACUUCAUGUUCCACAGAUGUUGACAGUCAUUAGCAGUGAGCCAUUGGUUAGUGUACACUUUGUGUGCAGGUAGAGAAAACAUGUAUUUUGUGCAUAUACUGUAUGUGUGUGUAAAUAAAUGCUGUAUUUUUCUAUGAAAUAUUUGAAUAAAUAUAAUUUGACAUACUAAUGCAUUGUGUCCUAGUAGAGGCAAGGAACCUGGUUGUCGUCCUGUAUUAUAUGUUCACACUGAAGAUCAACGACAGAAGUCGCAUUCAGAAUCUGAAAAUGAGAUCUUUAUUCAGUAACCGCUCAUUGCAAUGUUUGACAUUAAAAUCACAUUUCUUUCCCCCGUACAGUACAGUGCAGAAAAUACCUUUGCAUUCAGACUAGGGCAGUCUAGAAGUAAAUACAAUCAUCAUCAUUAAUAUUCUCCAAUGAGCAGGACGGCUAGCUGGAGGAUCUGACCAAUCAGAGCACGGUAUGCGACAUGAUUAGAACAUUAAAAGGCCACCGACAGACUGGACAGAGCUCAUGUUCUCACAUUUAGGUUUGUAAACACACACACACACACACACACACACACACACAC